AUGGGCCGAGCGGGAAAUACUGUCAAGGAGAUAUCUAUUCCGGAAAAAAUUUCAAAGAUUCAGGAUGAUAUUCCGAAAAGUCUAGGCAUCCUGCCGGAUUCUCAGAUCCUGAGACGUCCGUUGUUUUCUAAGGCGAUGCAGAAUGGAAGCAAACAGCAAUCGCUUAUUGAUCGCGAACUGACCCAAGCAUUUUUAAGAAUUUCAAAAAGAAUUAAUAGUAAAAACACUGAAGAGCACGGAUCGGAUGAAAUUGAUUCUCUAGUAAUUUGCAAGGAAGGACGAAAAUUUACGGAAAUAUACAUUGACGUUUCUGGAGAAGGCAAAUUUUCAUCGAAUUCCGGAUCAGCCAAUAACUUUGAGCCAAUGAAAUCAGCUUCAAUAGAUUCGGUCGAGUAUGGCUCACUGAAAAUAUCCUUUGAUGAUGUUUCGAAGCUGCCAGUUCACGCUUGCCUCUCUCCGAAAACAGUCAGUGACGAUGUUAGAAAAGACCAACCGAUUUUGCUGUUCGGGAGCCCUAAAUACUUUGUUCCACCAAAAUGGUUUCCCAGAUCUUCAGUUCUCUAUAACAUGCAUUCGAAGUCGAACCAAAUAUGCGGUGAAUUUCUUUCAUUCUCACCUUACUUACCAAGCAUGCACUUGGAGGUUGGGAUGCUGCCAAAAAGUUGCGUCACAAACCAGUCCCACGUUGCGCAAUUUCCAAUUGUUGAACUAGUGUCACUUUCUCCAAUUCUACAGAGUUCUUCUGCAAUAAAUGGCGUCGCGCAAAAUUGCACGCUUCCCACAACAAUUGGUCGUUUUUCCGGAAAAACAUCGAAGACAGCAAUCCACGAGGCGUUUUUUGCACACUUUGCACAAUGCGGAAGUCAGCCGGAAAUCACAAAACAACAGCUAACAGUUGAGAAGUCAUCAGCAGCCACUCCAACCUAUGUGAAUCACGUAACUAUGUGA